UGUAGAACUCUUCAAAUCAUUUAUUUAGGUAAUUUGAAUAUUCAUUAUAUAUGCCUCUUUUCAAUUAAGGAAUUUCACCAGGACUUUAUAGUUACGACAGCUGUUGUUAAAAUACCUGGCGUCACCGCCCAACCCCUCUGGUUCCACUAUAGUAGAAACGGCACCUACUACCACCGGGAGACAAUAGCGUGGGAAGGCGGCAGCAAUACGUACUUGUUUGAGUACCCGAGGGUCAUCUCGUACUUUUACUUUUCCACCAAACCUUGCACUGUGAUUUGUAAUGUCACUGCUGUUUGGCAAUCAACAAAAGAUUAUAUGAAAAUAGAAAAGGACCAGAACAAUGCGAUGUUGCGAAUGACACCAUACACCCUGGACCAGGACUUACACACGUGUAUACGUUUACCCGUGCCAGGAGAUUCCCCUUCCUCCCUCUGGUUGAGGUUAACAAGACUAAGUCUCUUUGGUGUGACGUCAAAGCGAUUUAUAGUCAGCACCACAGGGGAAGCUAUAGAGUGUACACGUAUUGGACAGAAAAGUCUUCUGGUUGGAGUUUCUGGACCAUCUAACAAUGCCAGAUGCAACAUCGAUUCGGAUAUGGUAUUCUGUAAACUUGUAUCAAAUAACACCGUUAAUGCCCUGAAUCAGUGUGAUUUAGAAUGUGAAUGUCAAUCACUCUCACAGUGUUCUGACGUUCAUAUCAUCAUGAAGAGUAACAACAAAGAUGACUGGAGCCUGUGUGAAGUAUCCAUGAAGGAUGUGUGAGAAGCAAUUUGGCAUUUUAUUUCGAAACUGACAUAAUGUGUAUACAAUUAUGACCAGUGGUUAUGUGGAACUCGACAAACGUGGUGUAUACAAUCAUGUUUGGAGGUUAUAUAGAAUUAUGUUCAGAAAUUAUGUGGAACUCGACAAAACGUGGUAUAUACAAUUAUGUAUGGAGGUUAUGUGGAACUCGACAAAACGUGGUAUAAACCACUAUGUAUGGAGGUUAUGUGGAACUCGACAAAACGUGGUAUAAACCACUAUGUAUGGAAGUUAUGUGGACAUUGAUAUAACGUGGUAUAUGCAAUUAUGUUUGGAAUUCAUGAAGAACUCGACAAAACGUUGUAUAAACAACUAUACAUAACAGUAGUAUUGAUCUCAAACGACUUAUUACACAUAUUUACAGACCUAAUGUUUAACUGGACAAAACAUUGUAUAUAGA